GGAAGAGAGCAAGAGAGCAAGGACGUCCCCAUUCAUGCACUGUGGGGUGCUGUGUCGUUUUGCAAUGUGCCCCUGCCGUGAAUAUUUCUGUCUCGGUCUUGGUUUGGUAUUUUGAUGUAUUAUUGGCUAUGGAGACAUUCUGCGUUGGUGUUCUUCCUGAACCAAGUAUUGUCUAGGAAUAUAUAUAUAUAUGCAAUACAGCCUGUGAUAAGAGCUUGACCAGUGCCGACUCAAAUCAGGGAGGAGAGCCGUUGUCUCUCUCGGGCUGACAGUGCUGGAAAGACUGCACAACUGUGUGAAUUAAUUAAGACUGAAUCGAAAGACUGUGCCCGUGCUGUGCUGCCAUGACGACCAUGGCCCCUCCCCUCAUGUUUCUCCUCCUGCUCCUUCAAUUGGCUCACAGCUCUUUCCCAGAGGAGCCCGGUCCUCUAAGCUAUGCUCCCUUAGAGGUGGUGAGGAGGUAUCCUGUGUUUGUGGGUAGAGCUCAUCGUUCCUCACAGAGACAGGAGCUGCACAUUCACACAGUGCUCCAGGUGAACCGCACACUCUACAUAGGAGCCAGAGAUGAUCUAUAUAGAGUGGAGCUGGACAAUAUGUCAGGGGACGAAAUAUUCUACAGCAAGAAGCGGACGUGGGAAUCCAAUAAGAAUGACAUUCGAGUCUGUAGGAUGAAGGGAAAACAUGAGGGGGAGUGUCGUAACUUCAUCAAGGUGUUAUUGAGCCAACAUGGAGAACUGUUUGUGUGUGGAACUAAUGCCUUCAACCCUCUAUGUGCGAACUACACUAGGGACACUCUGGAGAUGGUAGGAGAGACGGUCAGUGGGAUGGCUCGAUGCCCUUAUGAUCCCAGACACGCUAACGUGGCUCUUUUUGCAGAGGGCAGUCUCUUCACUGGUACUGUAACAGACUUUCUGGCGAUUGAUGCUGUGAUCUAUCGUAGCCUAGGCGACAGCCCUGCUCUCCGCACCGUCAAACACGACUCCAAGUGGUUUAGAGAGCCCUUCUUUGUGAGCGCAGUCGAGUGGGGGCCUCAUAUUUACUUCUUCUUCAGGGAAAUGGCCAUGGAGUUCCAUCACCUGGAGAAGGUGAUGGUGUCUCGUGUGGCGAGGGUGUGUAAGGGGGACCAGGGUGGGUCUCAGAGGGUGUUGGAGAAACAGUGGACAUCGUUCCUGAAGGCCAGACUGAACUGCUCUGUCCCAGGAGACUCCCACUUCUACUUCAACCUGCUCCACGCCACCAGCCCCAUACUCAACAUGAACGGCAGGGACGUCAUACUGGGACUGUUCUCUACACCGCCCAACAGUAUCCCUGGGUCUGCAGUCUGUGUGUUUGACAUGCAGCAGUUGGCUAGGGUGUUUGAGGGAAGAUUCAAGGAGCAGAAAUCUCCAGAAUCCAUCUGGACACCUGUAUCUGAUGAGCUCGUGCCCAAACCCAGGCCGGGUGGCUGUGCGGUGCAGGGGUCUCAGUUUAGCUCGUCUAAAACUCUGCCAGAUGAGGUGUUGAACUUUGUGAAGACUCAUCCCCUGAUGGAUGAGACCAUACCCCUGGUGGGGCACAGACCCUGGGUUAUCAAGACUAUGGGCAGGUACCAGUUGACAGCCAUGGUGGUGGACACAGAAGCUGGUCCCCAUAGAAACCGUACAGUAUUGUUUCUGGGCUCCACGCGAGGGACCGUCCUCAAAUUCCUCAUUGUCCCGAGUGGAGACAACUCUCCCACACACAGCAGUGUGUUUCUGGAGGAGGUGGAGGGCUUCAACCCUGAGAAGUGUGGAGAGGACUCUGUCCAGGCCAGACAGUUGUUGUCUCUGUCCUUGGAUCGUCCCAGUCACACUCUACUGCUGGCCUUCCCUUCCUGUCUGGUCAGACUACCCACAGCACGCUGCCACCUACACUCACGCUGCAUGAAGAGCUGUCUGACUUCCAGAGAUCCCUACUGUGGCUGGACCAGAGGCAGCACCUGCUCCUUCCUCAGACCAGGCACACGGCUGCCUUUUCAGCAAGACAUUGAGUAUGGCAACUUCUCCCAUCUUGGAGACUGUGGUGGUGUCAUACAGCAGAGUCUCCUGGUCGAGCCGGAGAGUCUGGUCUCCCUCAACCUGCUGGUGGCGUCUGCGAUCUCGGCCUUCACCAUCGGGGCGAUGCUAUCAGGCCUGGCUGUCUGCUGGAUCAUGGCCCACAAGCCCAGCAACCGACGCCACGCUAGCAACUCCAGCCAGUCCAGCAUCCAGCGCCGGGAGAGGGGGAUGUUGACGUCAGGAGGAGGGAUGGGAGGAUCGGUCCUUAGUGUGACCCGUCAGGGAGGAGGGGAUAGACCUUGUUCUCAGGGCGGGGAGACCCUGUUUGUGAUGCCAAACGGAUGGGUGAAGUCAGGGGAGCUGGACCCAGGGUUCUUGCCCACGCCAGAGCACACGCCCCAGCAGAAGAGACGCGGGCUCAGGCUUUCCGAUUCUGGAUCAGGGGGGUGGGACAACAGCCAGACCUACCUGGGAGGGAGCACCAUGGGGCUGGCAUCCCCCUGCCCUCUCCCUUGCCCCCCACACCCCUCCACUGCUGUCUACCUGACCACCAGACUCUUCCAGGGUGGAGGAGGUGGGAGACAUGGGGGUGAGGAGCGAGGAAGAGAAGGGGAGACGCCUCGCCAGCACUACGUGUGCCUCAGCAAGCCCUGGGGGGAGAAGGGGAGGAGUGGGACCCCAAAGUCGGCACUUCGCAAGUCAGCUGGGGAGUACGUGUACCCCAUGACCCCCCAGGACUCCCCGAAUAGGAGGAGGGUGGUGUCAGCCCCCAGCGCCCACAUGGAGUUUGGGGAGCCCCUGCCUCUCCGCUGGCCUCCCCAGGAAGGCUACAUCCUCAGCAGCCAGGGCAUGGUCCCCGCACCUCCAUCCUCCAUGCCGACCCCCAACGUCCAGCAGUAUGUGGCCCAGCACCACACCCCCGGGCCGGGCAGGGCUCAGCUGAGGGGGGAACUGGGGAGAGGAGAGCUGGGGGAGCUGGUGGAUCUCAGCCAGCUGCUGAGUAAGAAGAGUUCCAAUGAGAGGACUCACAACGGCCAGUGAAAAAGAGAGUGAAAAGUAGGGAAGGACCCCGGCCACUGCUUAAGACCAUAUCAGUCUCUUUCUACAUCUCUCUCCUUCUCUCUGUUCUACCUUUUCUCUCCCUCCCUCUCUCUUUCUUUCUCUCUCUGUCUCUGUCCCUCAUUGUCAUUCAGUCCUCCUGAUAUCUCUGUAUCUCACUGGGGGACUCCUGAGGCUGUUCUUUCUGUGACUGGUUACUACUGCUGUCACUCAGAUCCUGCUUGGCUGUGAUUAGCCAGAGAAAAUGAGGUUGUUGUUGUGUCUGCCUAUCUACUCAAGCUGCUUAAAGAGGGGAGGAGGCGAGAAAGAGAGAAUGGAGAGCGAGAGAUAGGGAUUGAAAGAGAGGUGAGAAAGAAGGAAAGAGAGAGGGGAGGAGGCGAGAAAGA